CCUGUCUCAUUACCUCAUUCUCAGAGGCUCAGCCUUGUUUAGGCUUGGGAGAUCGCCCGUUCAUGCCCAUACACACGACUCAGUCCUACCGAAACCACGCUUUGGAGACUCUUUAAUAUUUCCUUACCACCCACUGUAUUUUGCAACGUACUGGAAAUAAUUUGCCAUAUCACCCGAAUAGAAACUGCUACGUGUGUAUCUAUAAAAACGUUUGAAAUUGCAAUGCAUUGUUAAAUGGCAGGCACGAAAAGCACGUAGAGAAUACAAAAAGUGGGUACGUUUCGAAUAAGCAUUUGGUUCCUUAUCCGGGGACCACAUUACGCGCUUCUAUUGGACAAUUGGGUCACGUGGUAAAAGUAACUUUACAGGGCCGUUCGCGAGUAGGAGGGCUUUAUGGAGCAGAAAAACGACAAAGGUAGAAAAAUUAUUUUUCACUCCAGAAAUUAAUGAUCAUGAGCUCGUAUUUGAUGGACUCUAACUACAUUGAUCCGAAAUUUCCUCCAUGCGAGGAAUAUUCGCAAAAUAGCUACAUCCCAGACCACAGCUCUGAAUAUUACAGCCGCACGAGGGACACUGGCUUCCAGCAUCACCACCAGGAGUUGUAUCCUCCGCAAGCGACGUACCAGGAGCGCCAGUAUAACUGUGCAAGCAUCCCCGAACCCGAAGCCCAAAGGGGGCAUGAGGUACCACAUUCAGGGCACCUGCUUGUUGGGAAAACGCAACCAUCUCAGCGUGAGCCCCCAAAUUUACCCACGUCACCUUCUACCACACCGUCUGUGCCCUCCACCUGCAACCAAGCCGAAUCGGAGCAUCCUAACAUCACAGUGUCUUCCAAACAACCCAUAGUAUACCCAUGGAUGAAGAAAAUUCACAUCAGUACCGUGAACGCCAGUUACAACGGAGCAGAGCCCAAACGGUCGAGGACUGCUUACACUCGUCAGCAGGUCUUAGAAUUGGAGAAGGAAUUCCACUAUAACCGCUACCUAACUCGGCGAAGACGCAUCGAGAUUGCACACUCCUUGGUUCUCUCUGAGCGGCAGAUCAAAAUUUGGUUUCAGAAUCGCAGGAUGAAGUGGAAAAAAGAUCAUAGGCUGCCCAACACUAAAGUCAGAUCCUCAGCUUCUACAAGCACAUCCUCCGGGUCCAAAACGAGCUCAUCAGCCAGCACAGUGGCGGCCGCUGUGGCGUCUAACAUGGUGGUAGUCUCCGAGGAACUCUCCAGGGUGGCCGGAGUCGAACGAGAAUCGGAGGAUAUAACAAGGUUAUAAGACAGAAGUUGACUUGUGCGUAAAAGGGUUUGCUUAUAGUCCACAGUUAUAUAAAAUGCAUGUUAUAUAGCAUGGAUUAACGCGAAUACCAAUAAAUUGUUUACGCUGUACUUCAGGAUUUAUUUAUUUAGAGAAAUAGUAGAAAUAAGCUGUUUUUUCUUGAUCUGUUUGGAAUCAAAAGGGGAGCAGGACAAUUGAGAGAAAGGCUAUUUUGAGAGAAGGAGUCCGUGCUUGUACUGUAUAUUUUGUCUAGUUCAAAGCGCAAUUUUUAAUUUAUCUAACAGCAAGAUUAGAGAAGUUUCGGCCUUUGAUUUAUAUGUAAGUUUAAUUUAUUUAUUUAGAUGUAAAGGGAAAGCUGGAAUGGACUGGGCUUAAUUCCUAAAAUAAACAGGUUUUAAAAUCUAAAAAAGUAAGCACUUUUGUGGUAAUAAUGUUGUGUUUUAGAUUCAGUAAACUAUCGUUGUGAUGGUGUAUGUGUGGUAAUAAUAGUGGUCAAUAAAACGGUUUUGUACAUUUGGGUCACUUUCGUCUAUUAAUUUUCCAUGUUGGGUGAUAUAUCGGCUUGUUUACUAAUAGCAUCAGCCAAAAAUAUGAACAUAGACGUCUAUAGGGACUUGCCAUUCAAAACGAAAGGCGGUGAAUAGUGAUCCCUUCAAAAAGCCCCAAAAUUAGUCCUUUCACGGGAAACUAUUUUGCCAUUUAACCCCAACAUCCUUCGGCUAAAACUAAACUGGAAGCAUGUCAUAAAUUCAAUAUUCGUAGAAGGGCAGCAUUAACAUUACUGGCACAAUGGGUUCCUUCUUAACUGGUAUUUUACACGUUGUACAUACAUACGUUUCAUA